AUGAGGAUUCACCUGAGUCCAGAGCAGCACACAGGACCUGCCCGCGCCACGGAAAAGUCCUGCUCCAUCAUGUUUCUGCAGCUGCUCCUGCUCCUGCUGAUCCCCACCUGCACAGAGGGCAUGAGCGUGGGCGUGAAGUUUGUGGCGGCGUUUCUGGAGAACACGGCGUAUUACCACCCGUCUCCCGUCUACCUGAGCAUCUGGACCAUGGCUCUGCACGACGGCACCGACGUCACCGUGACCACGUCCGGCUCCACCCCCUACACCGCCACCGCCCAACUGAACUCCGGCCAGACUCAGGUCUUCAACAUCACGUCGGAGCUGGAGCUGGACAAGAGCCCCACCGCUUCCAAAGUGGUGACCAUCACAGGCACCCAGAACAUCUCCGUGGAGAUCCUGAGCUCCAGAAACAACAGCAUCCAGACGGCGGUGCUGAUGCCCACGGCGCAGCUGGCACAGGAGUACCACCUGCCCCCCAUCCCGGAGAUCCAGAGGACCACCGUGCCCUCCAUCGACGUGACCAACCUGGUGACGGAGCGAAGUCAGUUCAGACUCAUCCUGGUGAACGACGACCAGAACAACAACAUCACUCUGGACGGGAAGUCGGUGAACCUGAGCCCCGGGGAGGUGAAGCAGCUGUGGGUGGACGACACCAUGAAGGGGAAGGUGGUGUCCGGCCAGGCUCCGUUCCUGGCGCUGUUUGGGCACCCGUGCGCCAUCCAGGUGAACUGUACCUGUGGUCUUCUCUUCACGCCGUUGAUGCCGUCCCGCGGCGUCAGUGCGACGUUCAUGGUCCCGGCGGCGUUCAGCGCAGACGUGCAGCUGCUGCGGGCGUCCAGCGGGGACCGGGAGACCAUGAGCCUGGUGACGGUGUCGGACCCGGGGCCGGUGCUGCUGCAGCGGCCCGGGCUCCUCGUGAACCUCAUCCCCGUGGAGGAGUUCGGCGCGUGUUUCGCCGUCCACACCGUGGCCGACGCGCAGAACUGGGCCGUCGUCAUGGCGCCGUCGAACUCCACCGCGGUCCUGCACGUCAACGCCGACCUGGUGAGCCCCGCCCCCUCCUGGAGCAGUGUGGGCGGGACCUCGUACAGCUGGGCCAAGAUCCCCCUGGACGCCGGCGGGACGCACGUCGUGUGGAGCGAGACGGCGCUCAUCGCCGUGUGGUUCAUCGGAGAAAAGACCCCGGGCACCAUGUUUGGAAACCCGGCGGUGGUCCUCAGCAAGACCCCAGAUUUCCGGGGCUGUGUGUUGGUUCCGGAGCAGGUGCAGGUCCUGGAGGAGCAGGGCUCGUGGCAGGAGUCCGUCGCCGCCUGUCGGGGUCAGGACCUGGACCUGAUCAGCCUCAAUGACCCCAGACUCCAGCAGAACAUCUACCAGAAGAUCCAGGAGCAGAACCAGAACCAGAACCUGAACCUGACCGAGAUGUGGAUGGGUCUGAGGAAGAGCUCCUACUCCGGAGCCUGGUACUGGAUCAGCCUGGACGACCUGCAGCACACGGACUGGGCCUACGGGUCCCCGGGCAACGACGACCCGGAGCACUGCGCCCGGAUCAGUCUGGUCGACCCGCAGCGCUUCGCCUGGACCCACCAGAACUGCUGCAGCCAGGCCCGACCCGUCUGCUACCGGCCCCCGAAACUGCUCACCCUCCCGACCCCCGGAGCCGCAGCUGCAGCCGUCAAAUGGGUCGGACAAUGAGCAGGACUAGACCAGGACUAAACCAGGACUAGAGCAGGACUAAACCAGGACUAGAGCAGGACUAAACCAGGACUGAACCAGGAUUAAACCAGGACUAGAGCAGGACUAGAGCAGGACUGAACCAGGACAAUGAGCAGGACUAGACCAGGACUAGACCAGGACUAGAGCAGGACUAAACCAGGACUAGACCAGGACUAAACCAGGACUAGAGCAGGACUAAACCAGGACUGAACCAGGACUAGAGCAGGACUGAACCAGGACUAAACCAGGAUUAAACCAGGACUAAACCAGG